UAAUUUUUUGGUCAAAACAACCGUCCCUUAUCACAGACCAAGAAGUUUAGAAAAAUCUACUUCCUUCAGCAGCACUCCUCACCCUCAGCUAAAAAGAAUAAGGGAAACGAGAAGAAGAGAAAUCGUUCGCAGUUGCCAGUAACGUCGUGAAGUAUUGGUGUGUGAAUCAAAAAGUUAAAAAAGUUGAGCCACCCCAUUGCAAAUAGGAUAGUCAGGAGGAUCUGGUUCCUCAAAGUCGGUCAAAACAAAAACAAAAAAAAGUCGCAGAAGAUAUAUUGAUGGGUUGGGGUUGGGCAAUCUACGAGGGAGUGGUGGCGUUGGGAUCGCUGGGGCUCCUGGGAUGGGCGGGGCUGUGGUUCUUGAACCGAAGGCUCUACAAAGAGUACGAAGAGAAGAGGGUCUUAGUUCAGAUCAUAUUCAGCGUGGUCUUCGCCUUCUCUUGUAAUCUGCUGCAGCUGGUCCUCUUCGAGAUCAUCCCCUUUCUCUCCCAAAGGGCACGAUGGCUCAACUGGAAGCUCGAUUUGUUUUGUCUCAUACUAUUACUGGUUUUCAUGUUGCCUUAUUAUCAUUGUUUCUUAAUGCUCUGCAACAACGGGUUCCCGAAGGAACGCGCUGCUCUUGGAUCCGUCUUGUUUUUGCUCGCCUUCCUUUAUGCUUUCUGGCGCAUGGGCAUUCACUUCCCUAUGCCUUCCCCGGAUAAAGGCUUCUUCACCAUGCCUCAAUUGGUCAGUCGGAUUGGGGUCAUUGGCGUUACUGUCAUGGCUGUCUUGUCUGGUUUUGGAGCUGUCAAUUUGCCCUACAGUUACUUAUCUCUCUUUAUCAGAGAGAUUGAGGAAGCAGAGAUCAAGUCCUUGGAAAGACAGCUAAUGCAAUCCAUCGAGACUUGUAUUGCUAAGAAAAAGAAGAUCAUUCUUUCUCAAAUGGAGAUGGAACGGAUUCAUGGAUCAGAAGAGAAAUUAAAGGCUAGAUCUUUCUUUAAAAGAAUUGUUGGCACUGUUGUGCGAUCUGUGCAAGAGGAUCAAAAGGAGCAAGAUAUUAAAAACAUGGAAGCAGAAGUGCAAGCAUUAGAAGAGCUUUCAAAGCAGCUAUUCCUGGAAAUUUAUGAGCUUCGUCAAGCAAAGGAAGCUGCUGCUUAUUCUCGAACCUGGAAGGGUCAUAUGCAGAAUCUACUUGGUUAUGCAUGUUCAAUCUACUGUGUAUAUAAAAUGAUUAAGUCUUUGCAAAGCGUUGUUUUCAAAGAGGCUGGCUCUGUGGAUCCUGUUACAAUGACAAUUAGCAUAUUCUUGCAGUUCUUUGACAUUGGUAUCAAUGCAGCAUUGUUGUCACAGUAUAUUUCACUCUUGUUCAUUGGAAUGUUGAUUGUUAUAUCAGUUCGUGGAUUCUUGACAAAUUUAAUGAAGUUCUUUUUUGCAGUAUCAAGAGUUGGGAGUGGAUCUUCUAGCAAUGUUGUACUGUUUCUGUCUGAAAUUAUGGGAAUGUACUUUCUGUCCUCUAUUCUUUUGAUAAGAAAAAGCCUGGCAACUAAGUACAGGAUGAUCAUAACAGAUGUAUUGGGUGGAGAUAUUCAGUUUGACUUCUAUCACCGGUGGUUUGAUGCAAUCUUUGUGGCCAGUGCUUUUCUUUCUCUACUUUUGCUUUCUGCACAUUAUACCUCUCGGCAGGCUGACAAACACCCGAUUGAUUAAUGUAGUUUAAUGCCAACUAUGUAAUGUAACUAACAGCUUAACCUUUUCAUAAAAAUUCCAAAAAGAAUGCGAUUUGAAUGAUUUGAUUCAUACCGCAUUUUUUAGGUUUUAUUAUGAAAUUGCGGGUGGUUUAACUUAACUAUGAAGUGAUUUGCGUGGUAGGUACCCAUAUUAUUUGUUUAUUUUGUAGCAUGCCACUUGUUCGGCAUAUCAUCUUCGCUUGUCCGCAUAGGAAGAUAAUACGAUUUGAACCACAAGGAAAGAUGAAUGCAGAUCAAUAUCCAUCCAA